AUGUUUUGUUAAAUGUCAACUGUCACGCGAGUUGCCCAACUCUAACCUCGCGUGUUUUGCACGUGUUGCUUGAAAACAUUUUUAUUUUUAACUAGUAAUCAUUACCAAGUUGGUGAAUUUGAGAAAAAAUAAUACGCAAUAUCAUAAAAGUGAGAAUAUAAAACGUAUUAAUUUAAAAAUACCAUCAUGACGGAAGUUUUGCAACCCGGUACCGAGGUAUUUUCUGAAAAGAAAAAGAAGAAAAAUAAGGAUGCUGUAUCAUUAGGCACCUUUCAGAAGAUGAGCGAGUUCAAAAUCGAGCCAUCUGAAUGCGUUUCUAAGCUCGAUACAGCGUAUUGGCCCUUAUUAUUGAAAAAUUUUGAUCGCCUCAACGUGCGUUCAAAUCACUAUACUCCUUUGCCAUUUGGACAUUCGCCCUUAAAACGUCCGAUAUCAGAAUACGUCAAAUCAGGCUUUAUCAACGUGGACAAACCUAGCAACCCUAGCUCUCACGAAGUUGUAUCAUGGAUAAAGCGGAUAUUGAAAGUGGAAAAAACAGGGCACUCGGGUACCUUGGACCCGAAGGUCACAGGCUGUCUGAUCGUGUGCAUCGACAGAGCGACACGACUUGUCAAAUCGCAGCAGAACGCCGGUAAAGAGUAUGUAGCUGUAUUUAACCUGCACUCUGCGGUAGAUAGCAUCAAGAAGGUGACCCAGGGCUUAGAGAAACUCCGUGGCGCGCUAUUCCAGCGCCCUCCCCUCAUAUCAGCUGUGAAACGUCAGCUCCGUGUACGUACAGUAUACGACAGUAAAUUGUUGGACUUCGAUCAAGAGCGAAACAUUGGAGUGUUCUGGGUAAGUUGUGAGGCUGGUUCCUAUAUUCGUACCAUGUGCGUACACUUGGGCUUGAUGCUCGGUGUUGGCGGUCAAAUGAUUGAGCUGCGUCGAGUCCGUUCGGGUAUACAGGGUGAGAAGGAAGGCAUGGUCACCAUGCAUGAUAUACUCGACGCUCAAUGGGCAUACGAAAAUCACAAAGACGAGACGUAUCUGCGUCGCGUGAUCAACCCCCUCGAAGGCCUUCUGGUAGCUCAUAAAAGAAUCUUCAUUAAGGACAGCGCUGUGAACGCAGUCUGUUACGGUGCCAAGGUGCUGUUGCCUGGUAUUUUGAGGUACGAAGACGGUAUAGAAAUGGACCAGGAGAUAGUCAUUGUGACCACUAAAGGUGAAGCAGUGGCACUUGCCAUAGCUCUGAUGACGACAUCUACGAUGGCAUCAUGUGAUCACGGCGUAGCAGCUAAGCUCAAACGUGUAAUCAUGGAGCGUGACACAUAUCCAAGAAAAUGGGGAUUAGGUCCAAAAGCGUCACAGAAGAAAGUCCUCAUACAGCAAGGUAAACUGGACAAAUUCGGCAAACCAAACGAAAAUACGCCAAAAGAGUGGUUGAACAGCUAUGUAGACUAUAAGCCGAAGGCAGAUGAAAACGGUUCAACAGAAGCCGUGGAAGGCAGCAGAAAGAGAACGGCGAGCACAUCAAAUGCCGACAAUCCGGAUGAUUCUGUAGACGCGAAAGCGGAAAAAAAGAAAAAGAAGAAGAAGAAGGACUUAGACAGUACAAUGGAUGCCGACACAACAGUGGAAGCAGCUGACAUAUCGGAAGUUGCAGAUGACUCCGUUCGAAAAGAGAAGAAAAAGAAGAAGAAGAAGGACAAACAGCAGGACAGAGAAGAGGAAUAGCUUAAGGCAAAGUAGUCAAUAAGAGAUUUUAUUUUUUCUUGUACGAUCUAUAUUUAGACUACAGGCAUCUGAAAUGUGCUCUAAGGUUAAUAUGUAUGUUGGUGAAUUGAUACCUAUGGAAUCCAUAAUUUUCGAGUUCAUUGCAUGCUUAAGUAUAGGAUUUAAGAUCCAUUUAAAAUAAUUAUGAACACAUUUCUUCAAUAUUUUCUUUAAAGAAUUACCAAUGUUACAAGCCAUAAAAUUUUCCUUUUCUAAUCUUGUAAUCUUCCAGCUAAUCUAGUACAAUGAUCAUGUGUUUAAAAUUUAUUUAUAUCUUCAAUAGAAAUAGAUUAAAACAAUAAAUGUUAAACAAUUUAACAUUUAAAAAACAUCUAAAUCAUAAAGCACAUCUUAAAAAAUGCAUUGUCAAAUCUAGUUAUUUUCCUUAAAUCAAUACGGGUUAUGUAUGGCAUUUGAAGAUUUUGUGAUAGUCCCUGUUUUUCCGAUACUAAUGAUACUUAUUUCGAAAAUAUAACUCAAUAUCAAAUUGUAAAUUUAAAAUAAACUUAUUAUGUUAUCUUCAAGCUCAUUACAUUCAAUCUAAUAUGUUUAGUUUUUCUAUAUUGUAAAGUCUCCCAAAUUAAAUGAAUGUUAAUUCCAAUAAAAUACAUAGUAGGCAAUUUAAGCAUUCUUAAAUCAAUUAUCUCAUGAAAUAUUAUAUAGGUCUUACACGAAAUAAAAAACUAUUGACUUAGCUGUAAGAGUAAAGUUUAAGAGAAUUGUUUUAUUCAGUAAGACUGUUGGUUGUCAACAUUAUAAUUUACAAACAUAAA